AUGGCAGAUCUUAGAAAAACUGAAAUUAAGGAAAUCUUUGACCUAUUUGAUAAGAAUUAAACAGGGAGAGUUCAUGCAACUGAAUUAGGAACUAUAGUCAGAGCCUUAAAUUUGAACCCAACAGAAACUGAAAUAGUAGAUAUGAUAAAGAGAAUUGAUCCUCAGGGUAGUGGAUCUUUCGGUCUACCUCAACUUGAGGAGUUGAUUAGAGAGAGUGAAAAGAAUAAGGAUGUUGAUGCUCUUAAGGAUUUAAUUGAGGCCCUUCAAGUAUUUGAUAGUGACCAUGAUGGGAUUUUAAGUGUUGAUGAAUUCAAGUAGGCUAUGAUGACAAUGGGAGAGAAAAUGCAAGAGCAUGAAAUCGACGAGAUCAUUAAUGAUAGCGAGCUUGUCAUCAAUAAACAAAUAAGAAUUGAUCAUUUCGCAAAUCUCAUCAUCAAUAGAAUUUGA